GCAGCGAAAGCGUGGAUGGUUGUCACGUGCCUGCUAAUUGGCUGUUAUCAAGACGACUUCGCUCCAUUUGUACCUUAUUCGCGCGUGACAGGCUGCUCGAGAGGAGGCUUUUCCUUAAGUCGACUUAAUCAUGUAUUUGCCGCCGCGCUUCCUUGCACUCUCCCUUGUUCUGCUACAACAAUCAUGGAUAUGUUCUGCAAGAAGCAGACCUUCUCAGACUCUCCUUCUAAACACCAAGCAUCCUGUGAGAAGUCAAAGGUGCAGGGAGAAUCUAAACAUGGCCUGCCUUCAUUCUUCAAGGUCAAAAAGUCCCGUGCCUCUGAUGAGCAUAAGAAGUCUGCAUCUCUUGAAGAUCUUACUGGUCGAAGACCCAAAGGAAAAAUUGGGCUGCAUCCUGCUGAGGCCAGAUAUGGUGUCGAUAGACUUCAAAAACCCAUCCUUAUGUGCACCUCUGCCAUUGACUCCGACUGGCUGAUUGUUGAGAGCUCUUCUGCUGGUGACCAGCCCUUCUCAGUCUCACAAGGCAGAGAGGCAAAUGAAUGUCUUCGAGAUGGUCCUGUCAGAACAUCUGGUACUGACAAAAGGAGCCUGGGAAUUGUACAUAACAUGGAAAAGAGGACACGGAGAGAAUCCAAGUACAUUCAUUCUUUGCCCCUCUACCAGGACUACUGGUUGACCUACGUUAAGGAAGACAUGAAGAAGCACAGCAGUAAUACGAGCCACCUUAGCGCCAUGCUGUCCGUGGCUGGCCUCCUAUCCACCUCACUUAUUGGCUCUACCCCAUCUCUAAAGGAAACCAACUUCUCUUGCUGGCAAGACUUGCCUGAGGUGAAAAGUCGUGGACUUCUGGAGGGCCUCACUCCACAGCAAAGACGCCUACAAGAGGCUAUGUUUGAAGUGAUCACAUCGGAAGCCUCAUACUUCAAGAGCCUGACUGUGGCAGUCAACCAUUUUGUGAGAUCACGAGAACUUAGCCAGUCUCUCUGCUCCAUGGAACGACACACACUGUUUUCCAACCUACUGGAGGUCCAUGAUGUCAGUGAGAGGUUUCUGUUGGAUUUGGAGGAGAGACUAGAAGAAAGUGUGAUAUUGACGGACCUUAGCGACCUGAUUCUGAAGCACAGUGCUGCCUUCCGGCGGGUUUAUGUUCCUUAUGUCACCAACCAGAUGUACCAGGAUUCUUUGGUACAGCGUCUACUCCAGGAAAACCCAAAGUUUGCUGUUGCUUUAAAGAUGCUUGAGGAUCAGCGGAUAUGUCAAAGACAGCCUCUGAAGUCUUUCCUGGUGUUGCCGUUCCAGAGAAUCACCCGACUCAAAAUUGUUCUUGAGAAUGUCCUGAGGCUGACUGAUCCUGAGUCCACAACACUCAAGUCACUGAAGAAGGCUAUUGCAGCUAUUUCAGAGAUUGUGUGCGAGUGCAAUGAAAGCGUUAGGAGGAUGAAACAAACAGAGGAGUUGGUGUUGCUGGAGAAGAGCCUGGAAUUCUUUAAAGUCAAGUCUAUCCCACUAAUUACAAGAGGGCGUUGGUUAGUGCACCAGGGUGGAUUGCUUCAGGUUGUCAUUGAGGAAUCCGUGGCAAGUUAUAGAUAUAGAGCUCUGAAAUCUGUCCACCUGCAUCUCUUCAAUGACCUUCUGCUGGUCUCCCAAAAGAAGGAAGAAGGACGAUUUAGUGUUCUGGAUUAUACUCAGCCAUGCCAGGUCAAAGCCAUGAGACUUGCUGGAAAACCUCCGGGAAUGCCAGACAAAAUCUUCCUCCUACAUCUUGGCAGAAACCAUGCAGGCUCUGCUGUGGACUUUUUCCUGAAAUCAGAAAGCGACAGUGAAACAGAAAAAUGGAUUAUGGCCCUGUCCCCUCCUAAAGCAGCUAUGGACUCCACACAUUAGCCGAUACUUGCUGGGAUGCUUCUUUUAUAUAGUCUUCUGAUGCCUCCGAGAGCAAAUUAUGUAUUUUAAUAUUUACUACUAAUAAAAAC